CCACGCCGUCCCCGAGGCCGCGCAGCUCCCUCGGGCGCUCGUCUGCCCCACCCCGCCCCAUGGCUUUCCCGGACGACCCUCUGCGCGCAGAUCAUAUGACAAAGGAGCCAGUGGAAGACACGGACCCUAGCACUUUAUCCUUUAACGUGUCAGACAAAUACCCCAUUCAAGAUACGGGACUCCCUAAAGCUGAGGAAUGUGAUCCAGUUACUCUGAACAGCCCAACAAAUUCCGACGCACAACAUCAGGGAGAAGAUGGCUUUCCAGACAGCACUGGAGGUCCCCUUUCAGAUAUAAGCCGAGGCGAGUCCUGCAAGGAGGAUUGCACUUGCUCCUCCUGCUCGCUCCGGCCCCCCACCAUAAGUGACUUGCUCAAUGAUCAGGACUUGCUAGACGUCAUCAGGAUAAAGCUGGAUCCAUGUCACCCGACAGUAAAAAACUGGAGGAAUUUUGCAAGCAAAUGGGGCAUGCCCUAUGACGAACUGUGUUUCCUCGAGCAGAGGCCUCAGAGUCCCACCUUGGAGUUCUUGUUCCGGAACAGUCAGAGGCCGGUGGGCCAGCUGAUGGAGCUCUGCAGGCUCUACCACAGGGCCGACGUGGAGAAAGUCCUGCACAGGUGGGUGGAUGAGGAGUGGCCCAAGAGGGGGCGUGGAGACCACCCCAGGAACUUCUAGACCUCUGUUCCUUCCCACUGGCCUCUUUGGACAUUGAAACAGCCACGGAUGGAGGAGGAGUGUGGACCUGUCCUUUUUUAAGAGUUUAGGACGAGGACACGCAACAGUGGACAGUGGUUUUCCCCAAAGCUGGUGGUUUUCUCUGGAGGGGUAGGUUAUGUUUUGGUGGUGGAUUUUUGUUUGUUUAGUUUUGCACAUCUGUUUCCACUUAACAUUUGAAUCUGGAAUUGGGAAAAAAAAUCCUUUGUAGACUCAUAUAGGGCCCAGGACCAAAGACUACAAUCCGAAUGGACUCAUGCCAUGAUGAAAAUAAAAUUAUCCUCUCCCUUGAAUACCGUGGAUGAUUGAAAUAAGAACUAAGAUUGCCAGUGGCCCCAAUCGAUCAUCAUCCGUAUGAUCCUUCAUGAUGGACGGGACGCCCACAGCCUAGAAG